AUGGCAACAAACCAACAUACCGCCGCUCAGCUGGCAGUCUCCAUCCCCUUCGCACCAGGACCAUCAUCCUCGUCAAUAGCUGCAGCACGAUAUCCUGCCCCAGAGCCACAAGAGGCCCCGGUGCCUGCCCCACUCGUCUACGUCGCAGGGUCCACCUCAGUCUCUACCCCUACCUCGGGCAUGCACUCACCCCCUCUCUCGGGCACUCUCGAAGAGGAAGCAGACGAAAAGCGAGCCGCCCAUGUCGCUUCUAAUAUCCGCCGGAGCCAACCGUCGGACCUCGGAAAAACAGUAACACCAACCUUGACCUUCACAACACCAUCCUCAGUAGCAGCAACAGCAACCAGCAGCAGCGGCAACACCAGGCCCGGCGUGAAGACCACUCAGGUCAAGAACCAGGUCGACACACAGAUGCACUCAUCAGGCGCGAGUGAUCGCUCAAGAGAUUCCAAUUCCUCGUCCCAUUCAGUUGGACCUAGGACCGUUGUCGACCAUCACUUCCGACCUGAUCUUCACCAAGUGCGACGACCUCUGAGCAAGGAAAAGACCAUUGAGCAUGUGCUGCAGCAAGGAAAGAUUCUGAAGUUAUCCCGACGACUAAGAACAAGACUCGAGUACGCCAUCCUCAAGAUCCGACGGGGUUGGACAAAGUACACGCUCCAGGAGGUCGAGUCCCUGAUCCAACCCGUCUGCUCACCACGCGUCACCCCCAAACAGAUCCACCAGUCCAUUUCCCUCCAAUCAUCCCCUCUCCUCACCGAACGGAGACGAGUCAAACAUACCACCCAUAAACGAAGACUGUCUGACCCAGCAAGAAUCGAGUCAUCCGACAUCGACAUGCCUCCACCCUCCUCCUCCUCCUCCUCCUCACCCUCAGAGAGGUUCAGGCCCCGCAUGCCCUCGCUCUCCCAAUUCAAGGACUCGGAGUUGUUCCUCCCGGCAAAGUCCCUCAUGGAGAUUGCCACCUCGAAGCCUGAGCCAGGCUACCUCUCUCCAUAUCUCGGAGCGCAAUCAUCGCCCUACAUGAGCCAGUCUGCUUCAGCACACAACAGUCCUCACAGCAGUCGCUACGGAACUCCAGAGCCCCUGUAUCGCGACAUGACUCCCGUCCGAGAGAAUUGGUCAGGAUACUCGUCACCCGCUAGAGUCGAGCCCAUGGAUGAGGACGAGCAGGAUGAGAACGGUGCCCCUUCUGACACCCAAGCCGCACGAACCAUCUUGAUGCUCUCGAGCCCCACUCGUCCUGCGCCCAGGACUCUCAACCAGAACUACAUUGCGGAGAUGCAUUCAGGAAACCCUUCUCACUCGCCUCUUGGAGAAUGGACUGCGCCCUACUCUCCCAUGACAUCAUCGCCACUGGUUCAGUUCCAGACAAUGGACUCAACUACACCCUCUCCCGAUCGCACUCCUACCGUGUCAGGCACCUCUACUCCCAGUCACCUGACAGACAGGGAGAGAGGUGGAUCUCCAUCUUCAUCCUCAGUCUCGUCGUCGCAUCAGCGUGGAUCGUCCAAUCCAUCCUUCCGUCCCCCAAAACAAACGUAUGCCAAUCUCUAUGAACCAUCAUCGCCAUCGCCACUCUCAUCUGCACUCUUUCCCUCCUCCUCCUCUUCUAUGUCAAGCGAUCACCUUGAUCGAUUCAAGACCAGUAGCCGGAGCUCUAGCCCAACCCUUAAACGUGCAGUGCGAUUCGCUGCUGAGGCGACUCAGGGAUCAUUGGACCCCUCAGGACUUUCGGUUGAACGGAUUAAGGACAAGAUCACUGGACUGACAGGCCGCGGAGAGUACAACAGCACGGCGGACAUGAUCUAUCCUGGGUCGCAGCCAAGACAGGAUGACAAGAAGGAGUACUCUCCUGCUCCUUCCUACGCAUUACCUGCAUAUGGAGAGACAUUUUCUCACCAACACCAGCACCAGCGAGACAUCACGCCUCCUCCACCACCACAGCCAAUGUUGGCAGCAGCAAGUUCGUCAUCAAACUUGUCGCUUCAAGGUCCUGGAGUGGCGUACAACUACAACCAUUCAGGACAACAUGGGAUGAGGACGCCACCACCCAGCGGAGGUAAAGAUAUGGACAUGAGCCAGUAUUCGGCAUUGGGAGGAGCGCAAGCGGGCUCCAGGUCGACGAGGAUGAGGCGUGAUAGUGGGAUGGCCCAGGCGGGGAAGACAGAUGAUUUGACCACCUUGCUUCGACGUGGCGCGCCCUCUUCUUCGACACCAUCAUCGACCUCAUCCUCGUCGCACCCUGGCUCGUCUAUGCAUCGACAGUAG